CUGCUGCUCACCGGCAAUGAUACAGCAAACACGGACUCGUUUAAACGCCCUGAGAUGGACUUAACGAGCAUUUUUUAUCCCUACAAAGACGGAUAUUAUUUACAGACUGUUGCCUGUUGACAUCAAGGGAAGUUUGUUCCUUGCCAGGCACAUUUUUGUUUCGGUAUUAACGAGACUUGACGUCCGGGAGAGGAAUGGAUGCGACGACUGCUUUCCUGCGACAUUCACCGGCCAGCUAGGAAUCCUCUACAUUCACUUUGAAGACCACCUGAGUGCACCUAAAGUAGUAAAGGCUAGACUUAUUAAUGUAAUUGUAAACAGUAAUAACUGCAAAAUAAUCGCGAUUAGUGGUGAAAAGGUACACAAAGUUCUAGAAGACUGUGGCUAAUUGCUGCUGGAGACCCAAUACAGUUUUAAGCUAACCAACGGCUAGCCAAAUUUCGCAUUAUUUGUUUUUUUAUUUGCUUAAUUUAAUACAGUGUUGUUUUAUCUUUCUGAAGGUGGAUUAAUAUUUGAGUUAAGUAGAAGAAUACUACUUAUAAGCUAGCGUUUCUGCCUAACUAGCUCGGAACAUUAAGCUUGAUUUUUAAAGGACAUAAAUCAUCUGACUUCUCACUUAUGGCUCGUUAGUAUCGCGGUACUGCAGCUGACCCAGCUAUCUAGCAUCUGUGUUGGCUAGUAGGUAGUUCAGACAGCCACCAGCCACUUCUUGGACUUUAACUCUUUGACGGCAAAGAUGCACCACCAGGACUUUUCUGGAGACCCGCCAGGGACCGGGAGCAGGAAAACGGCUUUCCACUACAGGAGGGGCAGCAGCGGUGCGUCUGCAGCCUCCGCUGCCGGGGGCAGUGGUGUCAGCACGGUUGACGAUAAUCCAACCCAGGCUGGAUCCUCUUCUCCCGGACUUCACCACCAGCCCCAGUCCCAAGUGGCUGGCGCUCAGGUGAAGAAGAAGAGUGGCUUCCAGAUAACAAGUGUCACCUCAGCUCAGAUAAAUGUGAGCGGUAACAACAGUUUAGCAGAUGACACUGAGAGCUAUGAUGAUAUGGAUGAGUCACACACUGAAGACCUCUCGUCCUCUGAAAUCCUGGAUGUUUCAGUGUCCAGGGCCACAGAUACAGGUGUGCCAGAGAGAAGCUCCUCUGAUGAGACACUGAACAGUCUCCAUGGGGUUGACACACCAGGACUUGUGUCUCCCAAUGAGCCUCUUCACCCCCAUUCCAUCCCUCAGGGGUCUCAGCAGCACACUUCUUUGGUAAAUGGGACUAUGCAUCAUUAUUAUUCUCAGCAACACAGCCAGUCCCGCCAUCAUCACUCUGAUAGCUUUGGAGGAGGUGAAACCCCAUUGCCAGCUCUUCCCAUUGCUCCCCUGGCUAGCUCCAGCCCAGCUAUGGCUUCCAAAGCUGGGCCGAGCCAGUCCCAGAGGGCACCAGUGUCGGAUAACACUAAACCUGCAGGUGGGACAGCCCAACCAUUAGCUCCUACUGUUGUUGGGACAGCCACUGACCCACAUCUACAGGGCAGUGUGAACAUUUCUAAUGUGUCUGCUGUCACAGCUGCUGCAGCUCCUCCUCCUGGACCCACAGGUUUUGACAACACUAGUGUGAGUGGGCAAGUAGCUUCUGUUGGAGGAGGAACAGGCCCAUCAGCUGCUGUCUCCAGCAGUCAGCCCCAGCACACUCAGACCCAGACAGCUACUGGCUCUCGUUUUAGGGUAGUCAAGCUAGAUACUAACUCUGAACCUUUCCGCAAAGGAAGAUGGACAUGCACAGAGUAUUAUGAAAAGGAGAUUCCUCAUCCAGCGACGUCCGAGGCACCAAAAUGUGCAGAGUUGGCUGCAGAGACUGAGGCAGUUAACGCUGGGAUUGGCCCAGGAAUACCUGCUGUACAGCCACCUCACACACUGCAGGCCUAUCAGCCCCCGAGCCAGGACUUCACUAGUCCACAAGCCAUGCAGAGCCCACCACAAGGACUGGUCCAGACCGCUCCUCUGACCUAUGUUUCACCCCAGGAGGUUGUUGGUGGAGCUCACAUGCCAAAACCAGUGGCCCCUGUCACUCUCCCUCCAGCAACACCACAGGCCAGUGUAAAUCAGCCUACCCCUGUGAUUCCCCAGCAGUUGCCCUAUGCUGUGGAUCCCCACCAGGCUCAAAGCCAGGGAGGUUACCCUGCACCCCAGCUCCAUGCAGGGGUCAUGACCCAAGGAAAUGUCCGUCAGCCAGACUUCAUCCAGCCCACGGCUCCGUUCCAGACCCAGGUCCAGCCUCCGCUGCCACAUGUUACAACAGCAGUCUCGAUAACACCAGUGCCAGGGGGCACGGCACAGCCACCGGUCAGCAUCAGUCAGCAGCUGCCGCAUCAAGGUCAGGCAGCCCCACCUGCUUCAGCAACCUUUGUUGCAGGACAGCCACAGACUCUCCCAUCUCAGCCCCUGCCUCACCCACAGCCACAGGUCCAAGCCCCUUCCACUGCCACAGUCCCAGUAGCACCCACACAUGGGACCCCCUACAUGCCCUUGACUGCACUGCAAGCUGACCUCCAGCCCCUCCUCACCCCAGGCGCGACCUUUACCCAACUUCCUCCAAAAACCUCCCAGCUGGAGGACGCCCAGAAGCUUCUGCUCCAGCACCAAGGUCUGCUGGGUCUGCCCAGGCUGGGGGUGGCAGGUGGGGAGGGGGCUGCGGAGACCAGCGGUGCUGCUGGAACACUGGCCCACAUGGGGAUGUCUGCAGAGGCCAGUGCCUUCAUGGCUGCCGCUACUGCAGGCCUCAGGACUCAGCAUGCUGAAGGAGAGGAGGACAGCUCUUCGGGUGCAAGUGUGGUGGCCAUUGACAACAAGAUUGAACAAGCAAUGGACCUGGUGAAGAGCCACCUGAUGUAUGCCGUGCGCGAGGAGGUGGAGGUGCUGAAGGAGCAGAUCAAGGAGCUGAUCGAGCGCAACACUCAGCUGGAGCAGGAGAACAACCUGCUCAAGACCCUGGCCAGCCCCGAGCAGAUGGCCCAGUUCCAGGCGCAGGUCCAGACCGGCGGCUCCCCGACCAGCACCGUCCAGCCUCCGGUCCCGGUCCCCGCUGGAUCGACGCAAAUCCUCCCCUCCACACAGAACUCCGGUUCGUCUGCUUAAUACAGAAACCGCACACUGGAGAGCCCCUGAGAAUGAAAGACAGGGGGGAUGGAAGGAAGAAGAUGAGGAGGAAGGAGUCUUGCCAUACUGUGAACUGAUUCUAGCAUCAAGACCGACUAUGCCGCCGUCUCAAGGACACUUCAACUUUACCGGAGGACGAAAAACAACUUUCCUUUGUUGCACAUUUUAUUUAACUGAAAGACUCUGGAGUUGCACCGGCGUGUGUGUGUGUCCACUUUGUCUCCGACUUUUGUUUUUGUGCUUCAGACAAUCGUUGUUGUCGUGCUGGUCGUCAUGGUGAAGAUGAAGAGAAGGACAGAGCUGACAGGAACUUGACGGUCGACCCUUACGUUGUCCAGGGCCGCCAGAGGAGGGAGGAGCUAACAUAGGGCUCGGCCAAUCAGGGGAGCACACAGCAUGCUCUUGUCAGUGCUGUCGAAUCCCUCGCAGUGCGACCUGCUAAAAGUGUGCCAUCGUCUCGCCCCCGCCCCACCUCAACGCAGCGCUGUCCAUCUGCACAGUUUUGUACUCAGCAUCUGCGCGUUCUACAUUUCUUUUUUUUUUUUCCAUUCGCACUUUUUUCAGACGAUGUUCAACAGUGGACAAACCUUAAAGAUUUGUACGACCCAUCUGGAAUGGGAAUCCAAUAAUCCAGCUGACUUUUCUCUGAGUCUCAAUCUUUACAGCACCUGAGGACGACAAGAGGUCUUGCUUUUCUGGUUUGGGAGGGGGGCGGGGGUUAUAAAAAAAUGAUGAAUAUAUUAGUUGCGUCUCAUUGUUCACUUUGAGAACUCUGUGUUCUUCUCGAGGUUCACGUUGCCGUCCCCGCCCUUAACGCACUCUCCCCCUUCAUGGAUGGAGCAUUAAACAUUUAUGCAGGGAAUCAAUGUUUUCAGAGAGGGCCGGGAAGGGUUUGGGAUUGUUUUUUGUUGGGAUUAUUUUUUCUCUCUCCUUGAUGUAACAAAUGUCCUACUGGUCUGUAAAAAGAAAUAACAGAAAGGCGAAUAAAUAGGACAUGACUGUUUCUAGGUAGUGAACUUUGUACAUACGAAAAAUUUCCAGUUAAACUCUGCCAAGUGCCUGGUUUCUAACCAUAGAUACAUAUAUAAAAGCUUUUUUUAGUUGUUUUAUUCAUAUAUUUGUAUAUAUAAAUAUAUAUAUAUAUCUAUGGUUUUGCCAGGUUUUGAAAUACCUGUGAUGUCAUUACUCAGGUUGGGACCAGAAGAGGAUUAUUUACCUCGACACUAAGAUGCUGUCUCUCCUGCAGUGACACACGGCCUCGUACUGUACAUGAACUCUCCUCUGCCAUCGCUUAAAACUCACUCGCUCAAAUGAUCUGGACUGUUUUUACCAUUUGGGGACGUGUGUAGUUGUUUUUGUUUUUUUUAAAUGAAUGACAGUUUUGUUUUUCGUUUUAUUUUUUUCCUUCUUUUCUUUUUUUUUUUUUUUUUUGUCUUUUGUACAGCCAAGUGUUUGGAGUUGCUCGUAGUGCAACCGGAGCGCUGAACACAAUAAUUAUGAGACACUUGAUGAAAAAAAAAAAAAAAGAAGAAGAAAAAAAAACAGGAAAUGCCUAGCAGAAGUAUGUUGA